GUCUCUCUUGUUGGUCGCAGAGCUGCGGAUGAUCCCGUACAUGAUCACUAUCGGGGACGCCAUUCAUAACUUCGCGGACGGUCUCGCUAUGGGAGCCGCGUUCUCCACGUCCUGGAAAGUGGGAUUGGCCACGUCGCUGGCCGUGUUAUGUCAUGAGCUGCCGCACGAGCUGGGUGACUUCGCGGCUCUGCUGCACGCCGGUCUGCGGGUGCGUUGGGCUCUUAUCCUGAAUUUCGGCAGCGCUCUGACGGCCUUCAUCGGUUUGUACAUCGCUCUGUCCAUAGCGGCCGAUGAAGCCAUCCAGCGGUGGAUAUUCACGGUGGCCACGGGUCUCUUCCUGUACGUGGCCUUGGUGGACAUGCUGCCGGCCAUGAUGAAUGUGAAGGACCGCCGGCCGUGGCUGAUCUUCUUCCUCCACAAUCUGGGGCUCCUCGUGGGCUGGACCAUCCUCCUGCUGCUGUCCAUCUAUGAGGAGAACAUCACCGUAUGAGGCUCCUCCCCCGCCAUCAUGUGAUCCCUCUGUAUGAGCUCCGCCCACUG